UGACAUGAAUGUUAAAUCAUUGAAUGAAAGCUGUGACGGGUCUUCAGACGCUGAUCUCCCUUUGGAUGUGCAGCUCGCAUCGUCGUCAAGAGAAUUACUGCAUCAAAGGAUCAGAUUUGUAGAAGCGAAACGUCAGGACUCCCAGUAUGAAGAACUCAAGAAACGGUACAAGCCCCUGAACGAUCCACUGAAGGAAAAAGGCGCUGGUUCGGGCACUCCCUUGUCCUCUAAUUCCGUGGAAACUGACGAUAGCAAAGGUGACGGUGUUUGCAAACCGCGCGUUGAGUUGUUUCCUGUAGAAAGAGUAGAGAUGCAAUGGAAGGCGUCGCGAAGAGUUGGUUCAGGUCUAGCCAACCUUGGCAACACCUGUUUUUUGAAUUCUGUGAUGCAGUGCAUGACCUACACAGCACCUCUUAUCAACUACUUGCAGUCAGGAGAUCACACCCGACAGUGUCGGAUGGUUGGAUUCUGUGCUAUGUGUGAAGUGAAACGACACAUUGAUGUUGUGCUUACAGCAAGCGGGAAGGUUGUUCGACCAACAGGCAUUGUUCAGAGACUGAAAAAUAUUGCCAAGCAUUUCAGGGUUGGUCGUCAGGAGGAUGCCCAUGAAUUUUUGCGUUAUUUGAUUGACAGAAUGCAGAAGUCAUGCCUCAGUGGUUAUUUAAAACUAGAUCCAACAAGUCAGGGAACUAGUAUUGUACAUAGAAUAUUUGGAGGAUAUCACAGAUCACAAGUUAAGUGUUUGAAGUGUAGACAUGAGUCAAACACGUAUGAACAAUUGUUAGACAUCAGUCUUAACAUCAAGAGUUGUUUGUCAGUGAAGAGGGCAUUAGAAAAAUUCAUUGAGCCAGAGAUGCUUGAUGGUGUCAAUAGAUACCUUUGUUUCAAAUGCAAACAAAAAGUGCCUGCUCAGAAGACACUGACGAUUCACAGAGCUCCAAAUGUGUUAACAUUGCAGAUGAAGAGAUUUGAAUUUUAUAGUCUUUUUGGUAGCAAACUGAGUAAAGAAGUGAAAUAUGAUGAAAAGCUUGAUUUACGUCCUUUUAUGAGUUGUAAGAAGGGUCCGCCUGAAAUGUAUCAACUUUAUGCUGUGCUGGUACAUGCUGGAAGCUCUUGCAAUUCUGGCCACUACUACUGCUACGUGCGAAGCCCAGGAGGACACUGGUAUUGCAUGAAUGAUGCUCAAGUUUACCAUGUCAAUAUUUCUACAGUGUUAGGUCAGCAAGCUUAUCUGUUGUUUUAUGCUCGAAUGAAAGUCAGACGUGAAAGCCCUACCUCUCUAAAGACUGCUGCAGUGAAGCCAAUUCUACCAGCUGGUACUGUUGGUACUCCGUUGCAUCACUUUAUUGGUCCUAUUAAACCUGAUGUAAAACCAGUGAACUCAACAAUAAUGAACUUACCAACAGGUAAACUUGUGAGCCCACAGCCAACAUCAGCUGGAAAAUGCUUACCUUCUGGAUCUUUGUCUUUCACACCUCAACCACUAAAGACAUUUAUAACUGAUGAUACAAAGUACCAGGCAUCCAAUAGAAACAAAGAGCUUUCUGAACAGAAGCCAAAAGGUGUUACUGUUUCUUUGGCAGCGAUAAAAAAACCAACCGCGGUAGUUCAACCAAGUCCAGUUUCUCAUGAAAUGACACAUCAACAGCAAGCUGAAAUAGUAAACUCUAAAAAUGUGUCAUCCCAAUCACAUAUGUGGAAGUCCUCUGUAAAGUCUGCUGCGUCAUCAGGGAGUUCACAAACUACUAAAUCUGCAAUGGACAAACUGAAUGAGUAUGAAUCAUCUGACAGUGACAAAUGCCCAUCACCAGCAAGGAUAGAACCAGCAACAUCAACAACCAGUGACUGUUAUGCAUAUAGUCCUGAUGGUCCCCAUGAAGCAGAGCUAACAUCAGUUAAAGGAACACAGGUAAUCUCAGACAAAGGAAUGAACAGCAAGAGCAGAAAUGAAAUUGAAGAGGUUUCAGGGCUAUCAGUUGAGUCUUUAGUGUGGGAAGCAGAUCAGAGCUCUGAGAGUCAAGUGGUUAUGAACUGUAGUGAGAUUACAGAGAAGAGUUCAGCGAAGGACAGGAAAAAGAAGAAGAAGAAGCAUAAGAAGCAUAAGAAAGCCAAGAAGGCAGAGAAACAGAAGUUGAAGAAUGAGAAAGGAGAUAGAGACAAACACAGGGUGGCAGAACGUGCAACAGUAGACAAUACUGAUAAACACCAUUCAACUGAGACUUCAGACAUACAAAAGAGGAAGCGGAAAUUGAUGAAUGAUGAUUCCAAUGCACAUAGUUUUUGUCCUCCUUUAAAGGAAGCACGUGGCUCUGAUGGAAUUUAUAAACACAGGCACAAACAUCAUUCAUCAAGUUUCGAUUCUACUGAUCGAGGCCGUAGAGAUAGUUCUGACACUUUCCAUUCUUGUGAUAGACAACAUAGAUGUGAAAAUUUAGAUGAAGACAGUGGCAGGAGUAGACACAGAAACACUGACUCAAGAGAACACAAUGACAGGAGGAAGGCAAAGGCAACAAAGAGUUACUCGUAUGUACCAGAGAGGCAUCAAACACCUGAAAAACAUCAAACUGCUGAAAAAUAUUGGACCGAUAGACAUUUUGAGAAACAACCAGUAGAAAAGAUUCACUGGAGAGAUGCCAUGAAGAAAAAGGGCAUUGGGGGUUGCAGUUAUUCAAUACGGGAUGGGUCAAGACACAAUGAUGUUUUGUCAGAAUUAACGAAGUCAUCACUUCAAGGAUAUGGAAAAUCAGUGCAAUCAUGGGAUGGUAAACAAAGUGUUGUCGAUAUGGCAGUAGAUGAAGAUCAAAGGCAUAGGAAACGCUCCCGAGAUGUGUGGGAUGAAGAGUAUGAUAAAGGGAAGAUGAAGAAGGUAAAGAUGUCUAGAACAGCAAUAAUGCGGGAUAAUAUCUUCCAAAAGGUCCAAAGCAUAAAGAACAGACUAGGACAGGUGAAGAAAGAUCGGUCUCGCUGAUGGUGCUUUAGUUUUAAGGUUUGGUGUUGUGUGUUAAGUUAAGCCAGUGGACUGGUGUCCUUUGGUUGCUCACAUUGCUUUUGUGGUUUGCAUUGCAACAGAAUUUGGAUAGUACCAAGAAAAAUGACAAUAUUUUGUGUGCAUUAGGACUGUAAGUAGAUGGUCGAGUAGCUCUGACAUUAGUUUUUAUAAUAACAAACAUCUGACGAUGAAUACAAACGCUACAAAUGAGUGAAUCUUCAAAGGC